UCUCUUUUGAAAAAUCACAUUUAUUACACAACAUACUACAUGAAAUAUAACACAAUAUCCUUGUAGUUUUCACAUAUGAAUAUUUAACUAAGUACUAAACACUUUACCAAUCAUGUAAAAUAUACUGGUUAUGAUUGGACAUUAAUAAGCGGAUCUGACUUACAAAACAAACAGUUAGAGAUUAAUUUCAAACGCUAACAUGUUCUUAGGAAACCUUGUUAAAAUUUGUAAUACACUAAUGUUUAACAACACCUUCACCAAAACUGGAGUUGUCAAUAUUUUUAUCUACACCAAGUAAGACCUCAUUUCACAGUUCCGUUGCUAAGUUACACAACACCAAUGAUGAACGAGGGAUGCCCGCCCGUCUAUUACUACCAAAACCCCUUCCACUGGUUGAGAAUUAAGUGGCAACUGUUGAAACUAAAACAGUGGGACAAGGAAUUUAACGAGACAGAAUUCACAAGAGGAUCGACCUAUGCAAUAUCAUCAGUAACGAGCAUAGUAAGUUACGAGAAUUACGAUGACCUGAAGGGGAUGCUUACCCCGUUCGCACUAUCAAAACUGAGGCGGGACAUUCUAGUGCUGUGGAAUGAUGAAAUUGUGAAGAACAUUGGACUAACGUUGGAUGAUAUCAAGUUGGCAGUGCCCACCAGAGUACAUAUCCGUACAGGCCCUAGAGCUUACAAACGACUAUGUGACAUAGACAUGUGGUACAUGGCAAUGAAAUGGCGUGAUCUGAAUGCCCUUUUGAUAAUGGAUAUCGUGGCUCGCUUCACCAGAGACUAUACACACACAGAUUCUCUCUCAGACUGGACCAUAUCAUUUUUUGAACUUAGGAAAUAUCACGUACAAAACUACAAUACACAGCAAAGAAAAUAAA